AUGCUAGAGCCAAGCUGGCAGCAAGCAGGAGCCGCGCUCUUGCUCCUCAUCCUCCCCUCACACACUCUUUUCACAGUGAACGGGCUCCAGGCUCGGACCUUCGGCAUCUGGACCCUGCUGUCAUCAGUGAUUCGCUGCCUCUGCGCCAUUGACAUCCGCAACACGACCCUCUAUUACAUCACCCUCUUCACCUUCGUUAUGGCCCUUGUUCACUUCCUCUCUGAAGUCUUCAUUUACCACACCGCGGCCCUGACUAUUGGAGUCAUGGCACCCCUCAUGGUGGCAAGUUUCUCUAUCCUGGGGAUGCUGAUUGGGCUGCAGUACCUGGAAGUAGAAGCACUGUCAGAAAACAAGAAGAAAAACUGAAGGUGAAUGCCUGGUGUAGGCAACAUUUGAACUGGCCACUGUCAAAUGUCAGGUUCUAAAGAAGUUUGUGUCAGAGCUUGCUGGGGCAUUUGCUGAGGCUGUCUGCCCUGAG